UUAGCUACCACUAGACGCGAUCACAGCUAGCUAGCCACUCGAUCGACAUGGCUAGCAAGUCGGGGUCCCUGCUGAUCCUCGCGGUGCUGGUGGCCGCGGCGUGCUCGGGCUCGGCGGCGCGCGACGUCCCGCACGCCGAGUACGCGAUGAAGCGGCCGGAGACGUUCCAGGAGGGGACGGUGCUGAUCCCGGGGAUCGGGCGGUACGAGCUGGGCAGCCACUACAUGCCGUACAUCGGCGGGCUGGACCACAGCAUCCCGGCCGCCGCCAACGGGCAGUUCAUCCCCGGCGCCGACGACACCUGGGUGCCCAACCCCGGCUUCGAGGUGCCCAACCCGUUCCGCCCCGCGUCCACGGAGUCUCCAUGAUGUAUUAGCGACUGCGUGCGAGCGCGCUGACGCUGUCGACGUUGUGUGUAUUGAAGAUGUACCUGUAUGGGCUAUGGAUAGAUGCGUAGGAAGCAUCCAUCGCAUAUCUCGUUUUGUUUGUUGUUGCCAAUAAUGUGUUUCAGUCAACGGCGGAGCAGGGAUUA